ACAGACCCCUGAAAUCCUCCUCAGAGCCACAGUCCCAUAAUCAACACCGCACAGACAGCUCGCGCGGGGCCGUGCACGCGCUGGACAUUGAUAAGAAAACUGCAAGACCAGGAGUUUUAAUUUAACUUCCAUUAAUGUCGCUUUCAUUAGGGGCAAUGCAAAGACGAAGGGACCCUCGUGUACUACACAUGGAGCAUCUUGGAUUGGAAAGACUUUUUUAUAUAUAACUUUUCUAUAUAUUUAAUCAACGGUGAUGUGGAGUUAAUAGUGAUAUUUUGUACCAAACAAAGGGACCGCACGCGCACCACUUUAUAGGCCUAUUAUAAAAUACGUUUUUUAUUUUAAAAAAAGAAAAAAAAAAAGUCCUGAUAAAACAUUUUGAAUUACUUUUUUAAAAUUGACAUGACUGAACAGGUAUUUUAGACGACCGUUUUCUCAGAUAAUAUUAAGAGACGUCUUUAUUGGACUGGAGCAUGUAAAUCAAUGAUUAAAUAAACGCCAUCUGAGGAAUCCGGAAUUUUGGUGCUUCGCCUGGAAGAAAAACUCUUCACUUUAAUCCGCAAACUGCCUUUCAAAGGACUUCAAAUGGGCCACUUGCUCCUCAGAAGAGAGACUCAUUCUGCCGUGGAGGGCAAUUUGAAUGUUUGCGCACUGAGAGGAAUGUCGAGCCUGCAGAGCCGCUGAGGGACUCGAACUGCUGCUUAAUUAACCCGAUAUUUGCUCGCGAGUCGGAGUCCAGUGCUGAGCGUCUCGUGCGAGUCUCUCUAAAUGCGCGCUGUCCCGCGGAGCCCCGCAGCGGCACGGCAGCAAGAUGAGAUCGCGGAUCCCGCUACUUCUCGCGGUACUUGCGGCGGCGUGUCUGCGGUUUGGCAGUGCGGAGGCCGAUCCUCUCCCGGCCGCUGUGGUUGAGUUGGUGAAGGGUGGAUCUGUAUCUUCUAUUCAGGACCUGCAGUUUCUACUGUUCUCUGAAUCCAUAGAGGUUGAGCCAGACAUUCAUCAUGAAAACGACACCAGCAACCGUCUGCCACGGAGUCUUCUGGAUGCUCAGCCGGCUCAGCAAGCCAUCUGUAAGAUCAGGACUGAGGUCAUCGAGGUCACCCGCUCCAUGUUGGACCGUAGCAAUGCAAAUUUCCUGUUGUGGCCUCCGUGCGUGGAGGUGCAGAGGUGUUCAGGCUGCUGUAACACCAAGACCCUGCAGUGUGUUCCUGUACUCACACACACAAGAUACCUACAGGUGAUGAAGAUACAGUACGUGAACAAGCGGCCGCUCUAUGAUAAGGCCGUCGUCUCCGUCAUUGACCAUGUAGAGUGCCGCUGUCAGCCGGCUCCUCGGCCUGCGCAGCGUCGGAAAUCAUCCGGCCAAAAACUGGAUGCACGGGAUCGUUCGGGGAAAACUCGACCUAAAGUUGAGCUCCAUAGCAGGGAUGAACUCAAACACAACCAGAGGUUAAGCCUGGAUGACCUGUUCAGCCACAGCUGGCUGCCCAAAGAGAGGUUCUCUGAAUCGGGAGCACCAGACACUUUCCAUUUCGGCCAUGAUGGCUGGGAUCGGAACGAGACUCAGUAUGGAGGGGGCAAAGGUCAUCAUCGUCACCCUACAGACAGGAGGAGACACAGCAACACGAAUGGCACGUCAACACAGGGAACGAUGGCUCCACUGCCGAAUCAUACCGAGCAGGAAGAAACUAUUUCGUCACUGCACAAUGUUACUCAGUUCGAAUCACAGAGUAAUGCCAACCAAAGUACAACCAAUCAGACAUCAGAAUAUAAUAUGGGUCCAUUGGAAUUAACCAAUCAGACUUUUAAGCACCAGUCAAAUCUCACACAAGAAAUCGAAAAAUUGCAAACAACCAAUCAGACAGAGCAACUUGCUUUCAAUGCCACAGAAACAGCAAGUCAGAAUCUGGGAGAUGUAGAGGAGAACGGUCAGAAAGUGAGAGGUGAGACCUCAGACGUAGAGGUGAAGGAGGAGGAGCGAGAGCAGAGACAAAUGGACAGAAAGGCCAAGGAGCAGGAGAUGGAAGACUUGCUGCUACAACACAAACUCCUAGAGGAGCAGAAACACAAACAUCACCUCAAAAUACAACAGACGAAUAGACAGCCGGACGAGAAACUACAGCAGCUCCAUCAUAAACAACAACACACUUAUACAACCACACAACGGACAGGAACUACAUCUCCUCCUCUGCAACAUCUCCCUGCACACAAACCUCACAGGCCACCUCCUCACCCCCCGAAAAGGAAGAGAAAACAACGUAAUCGUAUCAGCAAGUCUGCAAUGAGAGCCCUUCUCAUGUAACACAAACACAGAUAGAUGUUCAGAUGGAAGUCAUUUCACCCAUAUGAGUUCUUAUUUAUGUAACCGGUGUGUCCAGGGACAUUAAGAGUUGCGGCACUAAUCACUUUUCGAAGAACAUCUGCAACUCACCUCUCUCCUUCUCUGCUCAAAGUCAUGAGGAAAGGGACAGUCCUGACACAGAAGAUGCUUGCAUGGAGUAUUGUUGCAGGUUCUCUUGCACCUGCUGAAGAUUCCCUGUGCUCCAGUUGGCUCUUUGAAAGGACAUUCAGCCUUCUAGCUCCAAAAAUCCUAGAAGUGGGACUUGAGAACCAUGUAAACAUGAAACAUCUUUUGAACACUGAUCAGACUAAUAGUAUUAUGCUGGGUCAGUAUGUAGUGGUAAACAGCUUGUUCAGCACAGAACUAGUAAAAGGUGGAAGAGAAUAGCCUGAAAAAAAACUAUAUUUCCCAUGAUCCACUUACCUUAAGAGAGAACCAGUAGUUAUAUCUGUGCUACAUCUUUUACCUUUCUUUUUGAAUCACCCAAAAAAGCGGUUGCCGUUUUCAGUUCUGUUGUGGAAUCAGUGGUGAAAAUGAGGCUUGGAUUUCAUGAAGCAUCAUUUUUCCUCUGGUCAAGGAUUUUCAAAAAGAAGUCUUUAAAAAAGCACACUAUUUCCAGGGAUGCACUCGAAACAUGUUAUUUUAUGCCGUAUUUCAAACUAUGUGCUUUUACCUAAAACAUACCGAGACAGAAAACGCUUGAACAACUUUGUAUUUUAAUAUAUUACCAGUCAAGUUGUUUGCAGUAUCAUUAGUUAUUAUUUAAGCGAUUCUUAACACUGGAAAUUCACACAGGAUAAAGCAAGGGAAUGCAUUUCUGUCUCAAUUAAUUCCUCAGACCUCUAAGAGUGUAAAGGUGCUACGUUAUAACACAAAGCAGUAAGAGUUUUAUUCAUUAAUAUUAUUUAUUCUUUUGUAAAUCUGUUCUGUUCACAGCAGGCCCAGUGUUUCAUCAAAGUCUUACAACACCAGAAGACCAAAAUGUGGAUUAUUUUUUAGUAUGUUCAUGUACAGAUGGUCUGUUUUGGAUCUUUACUAAACCUUGCAGAUUGUGCAGAAUUUGCACUCUUUUUAUAUUAAGAAUAAAAUUUAAACACUAA